AUGGCGAGGCAUCAACAGGCUCAACAGCCCAAUGAUCAAAUCAGCGACCGUCUCAUCCGGUUGUGCACCUCGAGCGAAAGUGUGUCAUCGCUCCUUGCCAAGGAUCCAGAUCUGGCACCCGGCGAUGCCUGGGAGAAACUUUACGGCGACCGCACUUUGAAGGCGGCUCAGGAGCGUAGGGAUACUAACGGCACCAUAGAAAGCAUAUCUGCUCCGCUGGAUGAGCUGGAAAAGGCAACACUCUGUGGGAAAUGGGGCCCUACGCAGCCGAGUGAGCUGUUCUUGAAGAUAUACCAUGAUGCUCUCUGUACACUCGAGGACGACCCUUUCCGAGGCAUGGUCAGCCCCUCGUUGAUGGGCAGCUGCGGAACGGUGCCCCUUACCGUGAUUUCAGUUAUGCCUGACAUCGUUCGACAUAUGUCCAAUGUCAUUGUUCGAGCCGAACGUGAGGUCUUUCUAGCGACAAACUACUGGCAGAACAGCACCGCCUCCAAAUACAUUACGAAUGCCAUCAGGGAGCUAGACCGCCGGGCCGGCUCCAGAGGGACAAAGGUUGUCCUUAAAAUUCUGUAUGACCGCGGUAGCCCGAGACAACUCAUUGAGCCUCAUUAUAUUGUCUCGGAAAGGGAGGCUACUGGCAAGAAUGUUAACUUGCCUCACCCUAGCGAGAUUCCGAAUAUCGACAUGGAAGUGAUGAACUUUCAUACGCCGUUGUUGGGCACGUUCCAUGCCAAAUACAUGGUGGUUGACCGGAAAAUAGCCCUGUUGCAGAGCAACAAUAUCCAGGACAACGAUAACCUGGAAAUGCUGGUCCACUUGGAGGGACCCAUUGUUGAUUCGAUCUACGAUAUGGCACUGAUAUCCUGGCACAAACCGAUGGUACCGCCGUUGCCAAGCCAUGAUUGUCCAGCUACUCAUGGCGGAGUCUGGCCGUCGGGCAAGGGAACCUUGGGCGCGGACCAGCCGGCCAGAGAACAACCCAGCGACAGGAAUCAACAGCCGUCUCAACCUCUUCCGCCACAUACCGCAGAUGACCCACACUACGACGACGACAUCGCGGGCGAAGUGGCCCGGAUUCAGGCCUCACUCUCUCCGAAACCGGGAGAAACACACAUGGAGGCCGUGACACGGCUGCUCAACCACACCAUCAACGAGGGGUUUCCAGGCGACCCCAAAGCGCCCAAGGGGGAGCGGAUGACGCCUUACAUCACCCACCAAGCGGAUACUCUCUACCCGAUGGCGCUGGUCAACCGCGCCCCUUACGGCCCGCCCACGCACAGGUCGCUCUGGACGCCACAAAACGCCGCGUGGCUGUCGGCCUUGCGCAACGCUCAAAACAGCGUCCUCAUCGUGUCCCCAACGCUCAACGCCAGUCCUCUUAUUCCUGCGAUCCGUGAGGCGUGUGAGCGUGGGGUGGAUGUGUAUUGUUAUAUCUGCCUGAGCUACAACGAUGCGGGCGAACUCCUUCCCAAACAAGGCGGGCACAACGAAGGCGUCGCAGCGUCACUCCACGCCUCGCUUUCGUCCGACUCGGCGCGCAGCCGGCUGCACUACAAGUGGUACGUGGCCAAGGACCAGACGGUUCCCCUCGUGCAGUCGAAGCGGCUGCGGUCGAGCCACGUCAAGCUCAUGAUUGUCGACGGGCGUGUCGCGGUGCAGGGGAACGGCAACCAGGACACACAGAGCUGGUUCCACAGCCAGGAGGUUAACCUGUUGGUCGACAGUGAGGAGCUGUGUGCCGAGUGGAUGAGCGCGCUUGAGAGGAACCAGAACACUGCGGUCUUUGGUGCGGUGGAUAAGGAAGAUGGGGUGUGGCGGGAUGAGGAGGGGAGGGAGGCUGACGGUGCGGUUGGUGUUGAUGUGGGCAGGUUUGCGUGGUUGAAGGGGGCUAAAGGGGCGGUGAAGAGGGUUAGAGGGACUGGUGGGUUUUGA